AGUCCGUGCAGUCGUGUUGACCGGAGUGAAAAGCGACGUGGAAAAUUUGCAAAAAAUAAAAAGUUACAAAUAACACAAAACAGAGCGAAUAGAAAUAGAGAAAAGUAAAUAUAAGCAAACAAGUGCAGUUUUGUUGGGAGAGAAGUGUGUACGGAAAGGGGAGAUUAAUCCCUCGGACCUAGCAUAGAUACCUACAUUUUUGGUGGUCCCAAAAACACGGUGUGCUGAAAACGCAGAGAAAUCCCGAAGUAUCAACAACCAUGUCGACGUUACCCUUUUUGCUGAGCGUCGCCGACGAGCUAGACAACAUACACUCACAGUCCUACAUGGAUGACUUUGGCCUGGGCUUCCAUCCGCACCGCCAGUACUAUCGCACACCCACCAUCCAGUUGUCCCUGCCCGCCAGCACCGACUGGACGGGAUCGGGUCGGGACUGGUCCCAGACAGCGGGCAACAGGCACACUCGCUACCGCAGCUAUAAGUUCUACGAUGACUCACAGAACAAUCUGGAGGAGGAGGAGCCGCCCGUGGAGGAUCCUCAACCCAUUGAGCAGAUGAAGUUGCCACAGCAGUUGGUCCAGCAGACCACCCAGACGAUAUCGGAUCCCCAGCAGCCAACGAGUGCAACUGCCACUGCCGCCACAGCUCGCAAGGGACUGGGCAUGGUCAACUCCCACUCGCAUGAUGUGGGUGUUGGAGGACUGGGCCUGAAUCUCAAAGCUGGCGAGGAUGAGGACGAUGAGAACAUCGAUCGCACGGUGCGCAUGUAUAAUUUGUCCAAGAAGUGCUGCAAGAACUACUAUCGGCAUGCCUUAGAGACCGGACCCGGCGCCAGUGGCAAGGUCAAGUGCAGCAAUGCGCGCUCCGAGAGCCACAAGUCCAGCUCCAGUUCGGAGGAGAGCCUCCAGAAGAUACCCUCGCCCAUUGAGUUCCUUACCUGCUUUCUGGUGAAGAAGUCACGCACCCCCAAGGCCAAUGUGCCAGUGGGUCAGCCGCUGAAGAAGACAUAGAACACGGCCCGGCUGCUGCCAGCAGCGAUGUCCACCAGGACCUCCACCAUCAGCUCCACGGCCACCAGUGGAGCCGUGACCAAUGCAACCACGGACACGGAUACGACCACGUCGAAGCGCCGGAGCAACUGCUUCUGAAUGUUGGCCGGAGUCGGUGUCGUUUGUGGCCAGGCCUGGAGUUGGCUCCAGCGGUGCGGGGAGCUUCCCAAUUCGGAGCCCGCCUCGCUGCCCUCCACGCGUCUGGGCAGGAUCGCCUACUAGGCUCAUUCGACCGACUCCGAUUCGCAGUCAGGGGUAUAUAUAUAUUUGGCAUAUGAUUUAUUACUGGUAUAACUUUUGGCUUGAUUGAAAUUAUGGGAAUUUAUCGAAAAGGAACUUGGAGGGCUAGCGAUUUGCACUGGAAAUCAACUUUGGUAAAAAACAGGGCACUUUUAAAACCCCAUUCGUAUAGUAAAAUUCUCAUAAACUCUUUAAACUUAUUGUUUGAAAUGGCUUCUUUGAAAUGCUUUGUUAUAAACAUUGUACUGAAAUUUUAAAACCCUGUUCAUCAGUGAUUUUCAGUCCAAAAAAUCCCGUAGCCACAACUUGCAAAAAAUUACAGGCCAAAAGCAAUUUGAAGCUUAAAGCGAACAUAAUAUUACCAAUAGAAUAUAAAUAAUGAUAAACUAUUAAACCAACACCGAAACAUUUUUGCAAACCAAACACACACAAUUUUUAAGAGCCAGAUUUAUACCAAAAUAAGAAGAUUCCAGGAAUUUGUUAAGCAAACAUUUUUUAUACAAUUUUUUGAUACCAAGCAAACGAUAUAACUUAUAUAUGGAUAUUAUAUUAAUACUGGGAAUGUUUGAUUAAAUCAAGAAAAGGAAAUUCUAGCUCAACCGAAACCUAUAAGCACUAUCUAUUUCAUUUUAACGAGAGUAAUAAUAAUUUCAGGGAGAAUUUUAUAAACCUCUUGCCAGUUUACUAAUUAAUUUAACAAGGAACAUUUUCUUUUACAUUUUGACUGACUUAAAGGUACUGGUUGAGCUCGAAACUCCUAGCAAUUUUAUAAAUGCUGUUAGCUGUUUUAAGCCAAAUAAAUUGCGGGCUAAUUUAAUGGGUCUUCUGAAACACACACACACACACAAAAACAAGGAUACACCAAUAGCAAUGUUUUAUUUUCACGCAGACACAGUAAAGUUUAGUUUUCUCCCAUUUUUCCCAGCUAACUGAAAACUGUUGGCGAAAAAAGCGAAAAUUUCUGAAAAGCUGGGGGAACUUUUGCACAAUGUCGGCAAGUGUUUUGGCUCAAAGGGUGGAAUGGGGGCGGCAGUGGGCCCCAUAAAGAGUGAAACAUGUUUUCAAUUUCCUUUUUUCGGGGGACUGUAAACAAGUCAAUAGCAAACUACGGCUAAGGACAAACACACAGAAGACCUUGGUCCCAAUUUCAAAUUAGUGAAAAAAAAGCAAAACAGGAAAAAAUGAAACGCAAACAAGAUUUUGUAGCAGAAUUGUAAACGAAAUAAAAACACGUUGGCCGGGCUUGCGUCUAGUUGAAAGCUGGAGUACAGAUAUAGCAGAAUAAAUAUAUAUUUAUAGUUUUGUAGUCAGAUAUUCUCUUGCGUGUUCUAAAUAUAUUCUAAAUGUUGGAAAAUAAAAUAUUUCAAAUGUAUUUACAACUAAUCAAGAAGAUCAUUUUAUAUAUAUAUCUAUACUAUAUGUGUAGUCACACUGUUUGCACUUUUCAGAGUUUAGAAACGAAAAACAUAUAAUACAAGUACGGAAAAUAUAUCUAUGUAUGUCUCAAAACUCAUAGCUUUAUCGCAACACAAAAUUUGAAGUCGAAACUCAGCAUCAUAUUUCUCAGAUAAUUGUAAUACCUAAGAGCUCCAAGUCGAAACCACAUAAAAGCCACAAACAAAAAAUGUUAAUAAAAAUUACCUAGCUGUAGUUUGGAAUAACGAUUUUUGCCAGUAGCUCUUGCAGAACUUUUAUCUAGAUGGAAAAACAUUUUAACAUUGGCCAACUCGGCCACCACUCAUCUAACCAAUGUAACCGAAGUAAUUUAGACGUUCCUCAGAACACGAUCAUUUGCAUGGCAAUGGAAAACCUCUCGUAACUACAUACUUUAUCAACAAAGAAAACACUCAACGCAUAUCAUUCCAAUACAAUAGAUUUCAGCUAAAUCAUAUUCAACUUGAGAUUCAAUAAAUAAA